AUGGCCGUCGACACAAGCUACCUGACCACCCAGGUCAACAACAUCGUUAGCCAGCUCCAUGGGAUCUUCGAUGAGAUCGGAAUCCCCAAUCAUGAACGCGAUUCGCGAGAGGCAGAGCUUUUCAAUGCGCUGUCGGAAACACUGAACAACCACUUGAAGACGGUCGACGACGAGAAAAAUGAGAUGACACAAGAGGCGCAUAAGCUCAUCAGCGCAAUUCAACAAAUGGAACAAUCUCUGGUAGACGAAAAGGAGAACGGACAAUACAAUCUCGAUCACAAUGACCUGCGCGUCACGUACCCACUGAAUCGCUGUCUCAGCUUUCUUCGAGAGCAACACAGCGCGGUCAGCAAAUUGCACCGCCAACGAUAUGAGCAAGUUAAGAAACUUGUUGAGGCUCUGGAAUCAUAUUCGUCGCACCUGGAACCAACAUUUGUUCAUAUUGAACUCCCUCCCACAGCGCCUGGAGCGUCGAUAGCGCCUAGUUUUGAUCUCUCUCCGACAUAUGUAACUGCACUCGAUAAUGAAUUCACUAGAGUUUACGAAGAAUACCACCGCCGUCUUGAGGUGGUUCAAACUACCUGCGAGGAGAUCAUUAAGCUCUGGGCUGAACUUGGAACUCCUCAAGCCCAGACAGAUUCGAGCAUUGUUCAGCACUAUCGCGAAUCCCCAGAGCAGUUGGGACUUCACGAAUCAGACUUGUCUAGCCUGUUGGCAAGACGGGAAAAACUGCUUGACGAGAAAAGAGGACGCGAGCGCAAAUUAAAGGACCUCAAGAACUCCGUAGAAGGGCUCUGGGAACGAUUCGGCGUUGAGGAGUGUGAUAGGAAGGCAUUCCUUGCAGCGAACCGUGGCUGUGGGUUGAGAACUAUCAAUGAAUUUGAAGAAGAGCUCACUCGCCUCAACGAACUGAAGAGACAGAACUUGCAUCUGUUCGUUGAGGACGCACGCUGCCGCCUGCAGGAGCUGUGGGAUAACCUUUAUUUUUCGGAAGAAGAGAUGCUCGAUUUCACACCCGCAUUUUCUGAUGUUUAUAGUGAUGCUCUCUUGGAAGCACACGAGGCAGAAAUUGCGCGCCUCGAUGCCCUAAAGGAACAACGUGCACCGACCCUGCAGCUUAUUGACAGGCAUAGGAGCCUCCUUGCCGAACGUGAGGCACUGGCCGCCUCAAGCCAAGAUGCAUCUCGUCUCAUGGCCCGCGGAAACAAGGGGGAGAGACGUGACCCCGGAAAACUGCUAAGAGAAGAGAAGAUGAGGAAGAGGAUUGCCAAGGAGUUACCCAAAGUGGAAGCCGAUUUGAGGAAAUUGUUGGAAAAUUGGGAGGAUGAAUACGGGCGACCAUUCCUUGUUCAUGGCGAACGAUACCUUGACGAACUCACCAAGGUGGUUGCAAAGCCCCCGGCACGUUCGAAGACACCAUCAGUACCCCCAAGCAGCAUCAAGCGGAACAUUGCGCCUCCAUCUCGCCCUGCCAGUGUGAUGCGCGGUCCCCUUCCUCCCAGAUCUAGCACGAAAACUCCAACUGGAAAUCCACCCAAAUACAACACUAUUGGACCCUCCAGACUUGGGGCAAGGUCACCAACAAAGAUCCCUGGACGCGUUCCACUGGGAAAUAUGCCAUAUGGAAAUAACUCCGCUGAUCGUCGUGGUCCAGGGACAUACUCAUCCAGCACCGUGAAUGGCAAAUUGCCCUCAUCUCGCGCUCCACCACCAAGGAUGAGAGCCCUGACUGGGGGUGAAAACAGGGAUGAGCGAGGAAGUUAUCUGUUUGACCCUCCUCGUUGUGCUAGUGCUAUGUCCAAUUCUUUCGUCCGACCAGUUAGCCCUGAGGAUGUUUAUGAUGAUCGUAACCAGCGCUCGUUCCUGAGCUCUUCCAUAUUUUCUCAGCGGUCUGCUGGAUUCUCUCAAUCUUCCCAGUCAUCUACUUCAUCUGGGUCUCUCAAUUCGUCACUGCAAGGAGCGUUUCCACGGCCAAACCCAUACUUGCAACAUGCUCCUCCGCCUCCAGCACCUAGGCAAGUGUCUAAUUCCUCCACCGUCGACACAGCCAUCACCGGUUCAGAAAAUUGGGAGACUUUCGAUGACGGCUCAGAUUCAGAAGCUGAUGCGAGUGACGCGUAUUAUGCCAAGCUUUGUGCUGCGCAUGGAAAGCGUUUGGCCCCUGAGGAGCAUCAACAGCCUGUCUCUCUAGCAGGGAAAAAGGCGAAAGGUAUCCGAAGCGUUAGCCCGGAAGAGACAACUCCAAUGCGGAACGAGCAUCUGGUACGAGUAGCUGGAAGUGACGGCGACUGGACUGACGAUAUGGAGCCUUAUUAA